AUGUCCUUCCUGCUCGGCGACGACUAUGCGAGCAGCGACAGCAGCGAGGGCGAGAGCGACGCUGAGGAGCAGGUGACGAGUCUAACGGCGCGGCAUGAGCAGAAGCAAGAGGUGAAGAAGGCCGCUACCCAGCUGCUGCCAUCAGCCGACAGUGUGCUGUCCAGCGUGUCGGCGUCCACCGCGUCGUACCUCGCGCCCAAGUCCAGCGCCAAGUCGGCGGACUCUGUCAAGACCUUCGAUCUGCUGGAAGAGCAGGAGACGCAGCGUCGAGAGCAGGAGAAGGAGGAGCAAACGCACAAGCAAGAGCGAGAGCAAGAGACGCGAAGGAGCGAGCGGAAGCGGCCGGCGGAUGUGGCGAGUCGAGAGCAGCCGCCCAAGCGCGAGAAGAAGGACGCCAAGGAGCGCGUCAAGAACCAGCGAGUGAAGGGCCAGGCAGGCAUCGGGUCGGACUUCCGCGGCUGGAAGUCCGAGACCGAGAUGGCGCUGCGCCAGCACCAACGCGGCAUCAUCCUCGAGGACCUGGAGAGCGCCGUGCGCGGGCUGCAGCUCUUCAUGGACGCCAAGAAGGGCGGCAACGGCACCGCCCUUCGUCGCAGUAGCUCCAUGGACGACGGUGCGGACACGUCGACUUCGCCCAGUGACGACAACAAUGACAGCCCCAAGGCGGCUAUGAUGGAGAGCACGGAUGACGCCCGGGAGCUGCUGCUGAACGACGAGCAGGCAGUGGUCAACUUGCUGUGCACGCAGCUGGAUCGCUGCAUCUCGCAUGGACUGCGUCUCCUCGAGGCAGACGACUCGGGCUCUGUGGCCACCGUCAAGUUCUUUGGCGUCGUCAAGUGGACCAAAGUGUGCGAGGUUGUGACCUCCAGCGUCGAAGCAGACCUGCCUCGACACGUGCGAGGUCUCGUCGGAGCGGUUCGCUCGGCUAAUGGGCUCACGAACGUGCACACGGACGAAGGCAAGGCGCGAGCAUUCGUUCGCCAAGCGCUCAACACGCACGUGCUGCAGUCUAGUCUCAGUAUGGUCCUGUCGGAGACCAAUAUUGACCUCCUGGCGUCGUACUACACCGAGUUCGCCCUCUUUCGCCAGCGUGACGAGGUCAAGAUGUUCCUGAACCUCCUCUCGGGGCUGGACGAGUUGCCGUUCGCGUUCCUGAUCGACGACCCGCGACUCGAUCUAGCUCCAGAGACGCUCCCAUUCUCGCGACCGCUACCUCGACCGAAGGCCCUCAAGAUCAAGAAGCAGGCGCCAAAGCUCAUUGACCCCGAGGAUAUGGUGAGUGGUCGCGUGCGCCUUUGCGAGGUUGACGACGAGACGGAGCUGCUCGCGGAGAAGCUGGUGUCACAUCACGAACUGCGACUGGCGUUCAACACCCGCAAAGGUGGCAACCCGUUGUCAGAAACCCUCAGACAAGCGGCUCAGUCCCAGAAGAUGGAGGAUGCGGCCACUGCGGUACUUCGCUUCCUGGAGCUCGGAUACCCGGAGUACGACGUCUUCGGCAGCGACUUGCUGGAUGUGCUGUGCAACCCGUUCCUGAGCGGCAUGGCGCGCUUUGAGACUGCGUUGGGUCUCCCCGAUGUGGUUGAGGCCUGCUUUUGCUACCUCUACGAGCACGUGGACUCGCCAGGUUUGUUCCAGGCUCACCUGCAAGCCGAUCACGUCAUUGAGCUGCGUGAUACAAUCGAGGAGCUUGGCGGGUUUCAUCGGAAGAUGGCAGUGGAUCCUCACGAAGUUGUGGCAAUUCUGCUCCAAUACCUUUGGGAGUUGCCUGACCCACUCCUCACGGAAGAGCGCCUGGACAGGUUCCUCGUUUGUGCUGGCCGUCCCGGUAGUGGGAUGACCGACGAGGAGUGCAAGGCGCUUCUUGUAGUCCUGAUCAAUGAUCUGCCAUGGUAUUGCAAGCCUCUCCUUGAACGGCUUUGCUACUGGGUGUCAGUCGCGUUACAGCCUCGUCACGCCGAGAAGAAUGGACUCACCGUGUACGCGAUAGCGAACUGCUUGGCUCCCCUUCUCCUGAGAGGAAGGCACGCAGAACGAUUCCAUGAGUUUGAAGAUGCAAGCUACCGAAAGUACCCCGUUGGUCUCGGUCUACCCUCAGACGCUCGAGACGUACGCCACAAAACACGCGACGCCGAGGAAGCUGUUCAAGUGAUCGCGAUGCUGCUCAGGGAGCAAGAGCUGAUCCUUCAUGACUUCCGCGCUGAGCUAAGCUCUCGCCGAUCCAAGUUGCGUGAAAAGGUUCGACGUCUGGAAACGCUCCGCUUCCGCAUGGAGGAGCCGCUGGAUAUGACGAACGAGGCCCACGUAGCCUUGCUCAAGCGGCUCUGGGAUGCACUGCUCGUGCCUGAGGAGUCAAUGGUUAAAGAAGGCGAUUCAGUGCUGUCGGCUUCGAGCAACAGCGAGAGUGAAGUGGGUGGCAUCGAUGUGAGUGCGAUGCUGGCGUCACCCCGCUGGAAGUGCAGCGGGUUUCACACGGAUAACCCGCUCGGUGGCUUCCGUGGCGGUGGUGUCCUAGCGCUUGAAUGCCUUGUUUUCUUCGUGGAGGAGUACCCGGAGAAGGCGCACGCGAUGAUGGAGCGCAAUGCGCUUGCUGGUGGCAAUCGCUACCCGUUCCCCGUUGCGAGCAUCAAUGUCAUGCGCAUGAUGAUGCAUUUGCUCAUGCUGGACGAGGCGCCUGAUGUCUGCACAAAGCUCGUGUUGCACUCCGUGGAGACCCACGGCGACACCUCGCCAGCUGUCGUGAUGAAACUGCGAGUAGCUGAGCGGGUGAGCCGCACGCCAUUCUGGCGUGUGUUUGACGACCCUGAGGCCUUUUUCAAGCUGCAUUCUAUGGCUUUCAUGCUCCUGGAUCUGCACUGGGUGCACUCGGGGGCGACGCAAAUGGGUUUCCAGCCUGUGCUGGACGCUACUCGACGCCAAAUGGGAUGGCUACUCGAGCAGGCUCCGAUUUCCGUUGAGGAGAUGUGGACGACGUGGAUGAAGCACUAUGACGUCCCCGACGUCCUCCUCGACAUCUUCUGCCCUUGA